GCCAGCGCACGGCAUUCUGGGGCCGGAAGUGGGGCGCACGCUGCGAGCCGAGCGCAAUGGCGGCGGCGCGGAGCCGAAAGCGGCGCCUGGCGGAGCUGUCGGUGGACGAGUUCCUGGCCUCGGGCUUUGAGUCCGAGUCCGAGUCGGAGUCCGAGGGCUCCCCGGGAGCGCAGACGCGGACGGCGCGCGGAGCGGCCCGGGGCCCGGAUGGGCCAGGCGGGAGCCCCUCGACCAGCCUUCUCAGCAGGCGAAAAGGCCGUGCCUCUGAGCACAAGGACCAGCUCUCUCGGCUGAAGGACAAGGACCCCGAGUUCUAUAAGUUCCUGCAGGAGAAUGACCAGAGCCUGCUCAACUUCAGUGACUCGGACAGCUCGGAGGCUGAGGAGCCGCAGCUCCACACCCUGCCUGACGCUCUGGAGGAAGCAAGCGAAGAGGAGGAUGGGGAGGACAGUGACAGAGUUCCCGGAGGACUGAAGGGGAAGAAGAGGGACUCUGUCCCAGUGACCCUUGCCAUGGUUGAGCGGUGGAAACAGGCUGCAGAACAGCCCACCCCUAAGCUCUUCCACGAGGUGGUGCAGGCCUUCCGAGCGGCAGUGGCCACCACCCAAGGAGACCCAGAAGGUGCCGAGGCUGGCAGAUUCCAGGUCACGGAUGGUGCUGUGUUCAACGCUGUGGUCACCCUCUGUGUGAGAGACCUUGCCGGCUGCCUCCAGAAGCUGCUGUCUGGAAAGGCCCCACCGGGCAGUGGCAGGCCCGUGCAGCCACCUCGCGGUCCGCUCUGGGGGAAGCUACGUCUGGAUGUCAAGGCUUACCUGACCUCAGUCGUGCAGCUGGUAACCUGCCUGGCGGAGGCGACGGUGGCGGCGGCCAUCCUGCAGCACAUAAGCCACAUGGUGCCCUACUACCUGACCUUCCCCAAACAGUGCCGCAUGCUGCUGAAGCGGAUGGUCGUCCUGUGGAGCGCGGGUGAGGAGACCCUGCGUGUGCUGGCCUUCCUGGUCCUCGUCAGAGUGUGCCGGCACAAGAAGGAGGCCUUCCUGAACCCUGUUCUUAAGCAAAUGUACAUCACAUAUGUGAAGAACUGCAAGUUCACCUCCCCCAGUGCCCUGCCCACGAUCAGCUUCAUGCAGAGGACACUGACGGAGAUGCUGGCUCUGGACACAGGCGUCUCUUACCAGCACGCCUUCCUCUACAUCCGCCAGCUCGCCAUCCACCUGCGCAGCGCCAUGGCCACACGGAAGAAGGAGUCGCACCAGGCCGUGUACAACUGGCAGUAUGUGCACUGCCUCCACCUCUGGUGCCGCGCGCUCAGCUCCAUCCGCCCCCGCGAGGCCCUGCAGCCCUUGGUUUACCCCCUCUCCCAGGUCAUCAUCGGCUGCAUCAAGCUGGUCCCCACGGCUCGCUUCUACCCGCUGCGCAUGCACUGUGUGCGCGCCCUGACACUGCUUUCAGAGAGCACGGACACCUUCAUCCCGGUGUUGCCCUUCAUACUUGAGGUCUUCCAGCAAGUGGACUUCAACAGAAAGCCGGGGCGUCUGAGCUCCAAGCCCAUCAACUUUGCCGUGGUCCUGAAGCUGUCCCAUGCCAACCUGCAGGAGAAGGCAUACCGGGAUGGGCUGCUGGAGCAGCUGUGCGACCUCAGUCUCGAGUACUUCCACAGCCAGGCCCACAGCAUCGCCUUCCCGGAGCUGGCGCUGCCCGCUGUCCUGCAGCUGAAAUCCUUCCUCCGGGAGUGCAAGGUUGCCAACUACUGCCGGCAGGUCCGCCAGCUGCUGGAGAAGGUGCAGGAGAACGCCGAGUACAUCUGCAGCCGCCGCCAGAGGGCCACCUUCGGCGUGUCCGACCAGCAGGCUGUGCUUGCCUGGGAAAAGCAGACUCACCUGGAAGGGACCCCCCUUGCCAAGUACUAUAGCCACUGGCGGAAGCUACGAGACCGAGAGAUCCAAUUGGAGAUCAGCGGCAAAGAGCGGCUGGAAGACUUGGACUUCCCAGAAAUAAAGCGGCGGAAAAUGGCAGACAGGAAGGACGAGGACAGGAGGGAACUCAAGGACCUCUUUGACCUGGACAGUGGCGAGGAGGAUGCGUCGGACUUCCUGGAGAGCGGGGCGGAGGAGGGGGGUGUCAGCAGUAGCAGCGGAGAGGAGGGUGUCAGCGACACAGAGGAUGGAGGUGCAGAUGCGGAAGCGAGACUAGGCCCCGGGGAGCUGCGGCUGCUGGCCCAGGGGCCGGAGGACACACUGGAGGAUCUCCAGCUCUCUGAGGAGGACUGAGCCCCUUGGAGCCACAGGCCAUGGAGGGCCGCUGCCCGGGGUGCCGCAGUGCAUCGUUGGGCCCUCCGGCGUCCUGGCCAGCGCCAAGUCAGGCCCGAGCCCCCCGCAACACUGCAGACAGUAUGGGGAGGACAGUAGAUGUGGACAGAGCUUUAUUUUUACAACAUAAAAGACAAAGUGUACCCAAAGCUAUGCCAGUCCUUCAGGGGUAGGAGCCAGUACCAUGGACCCUGUCCCCAGCAGCAGGGUUAGAAAAGGAAGGCCCUGGGGUGGGCACUGCACCCUUUCCCUUCUGACCCCAGGAUGCCCCAAACCUCGCAGAAGUGGGUCAGUCCAGAGAGCCUCCCUGCUGGCCUGCCUCCUGUGACCCCAUCUUUGGCUUGUCUGCAGCCCUGGGGACGUAGAGGCCCCAUCCCAGGAUCGAGGGUGCUGGGCUACUGGCUGCGAUCACACCCGCGAGUCUGUGGAAAUGCAUUCCUUUUCUAAGACACAUGUUUCUUUUUAAAA